UAUCAUGGUAUCGAAGCUAAGUUUUUUUUUCCUACAAUUUUUUUUCGUGCGGCACUCUUCUCCGACGAGCUCCUCCCAGUGCGCCACUGUUCCCAGCUCUCUCAGCCCAGCUCCGGCGAGAUCUCGACAGAUCUCUGCUGUCUGCCGACCAGCACUGCCCAGUUCGGUGCUCUCUGCGGCCGCUGUUCUCAGCUCUCUCAGUCCAGCUCCGGCGAGAUCUCUGCUGCAGACCAGCACUGCCCAGUUCUCUGCCGACCAGCUUUGGUCCACUCUGCCAACCCAGCUGCCAGCUCCCAGCUCCGAUCUCUCAGCUGCUGGCGAGCUUCUUCUAGUGCGCCUCUACUCUCAUCUCUCUCGGCCCAGUUCUCUGCCGACCAGCACUGUCCAGAUCGGUGCUCUCUGCCUCGUUUGGUCCACUCUGCCAACCCAGCCAGAUCUGUUUUUUUUUAUCUUCUGACAUUGCAGUUUGGCCCUCCAUAUUUCUGAAAUUGCAAUUUGGUCCCUCCAGCUUUCUGACAUUGCAGUUUGAUCCCUCCAGCUUUCUGACAUUGCAGUUUGGCCCUCCAUAUUUCUGAAAUUGCAGUUUGGUCCUUCCAGCUUUCUGACAUUGCAGUUUGGUCCCUCCAGCUUUCUGACAUUGCAGUUUGGUCCCUCCAGCUUUCUGAACUUACAGUUUAGUCCCUACAGAUUUUUUUUAAAUUGUAGUUUGUAUUGAUGGCAACUCUUGGUGCUGAUUUUCCACCUUUGCCGGGGACUGGUUCCUCUGCCACUCGGUCUUUGUCGACCUCGGCUGCAUCAUCGACGACCGUUGGUUUGACCACCCUUGACCUUCCUCGGGAUUUUCUUCCCACUUCGACUGAUUUUCGGCUCACUUCAGCCGGUGACUGGCCUACUUGGAGUGCCACGGUUCGUAAUGUCUUGUUUGGCCGAGGGCUCUUAUCUUAUCUCACAGAUGGUCCACCUGCUGAUGGUUCUGAUGAUGUUUUAACUGCUUGGACUCUUCGAACUAACCGGGUCUCCAGUUAUCUGAUUGAGUCUCUCGACCCGGCUCUCCGUCCUGAUCUAGUUACUCAAGCUGCCCAUGUUGUUUGGAGAUCUCUUACCGCUCGUUUUGUUGAGCGCAGUGGGGCUCGUCAGUAUUCACUUCUCACUCAGGCUGCUACUGCUCGUCAGGAUGAUCGGUCUAUUCAGCAGUUCUAUCACCACAUGCGUGGUUUUUGGCGUGAGUUGGAGGUUUUUCUCCCUGCUGGCAGUCAUAUUGCUGCUGAUGUGAUUUUUUGGGAUAUGCGUCACAUGUACGAGUUUCUGAUGGCUCUCCGCCCCGAGUUUGGUCCUCUGGUUGGUCAACUUAUACAUCGCGACCCCCCUCCCAGCCUCGAGACUGCAGUUGCUGAGUUAGUCGCCGAGGAGACUCGUCUUCGCCUACUAGGUGGGGUCAAGUCUACUCCUGCACCCUCUAGUUUCUCCGGUGUUCUUGCUGCAGCUCCCUCUGGUGUUUCCACAGCUCCCUCUGGUCGUCCUACUUGCCCUCAUUGCAUGCGGCCAGGUCAUACUAUAGAUGACUGUUGGAAGCUCCACCCCGAGCGUCGUGUUGGACCUCGUGGCCGCGGCCGCCGUGCCUCCACUUCCACUGUUGCGGCUGUUACUCAUGCACUUCCUUCUCCUGCUCCUGCUCCUGCUCUUGCUUUGCCUCAGAUUGAUAUUCAGCAAUUUCAGCAGUUCCAGCAGUUCCAGCAGUAUCAGCAGCGUCUUGAGCAGAUGACUACUUCUUCUAGCACUGGUAGCACUCCUGCACCCUCUGCUUUCUCAGCCACUGGAUCCGUCUACCAGCCGGGUGAUUGGCAGUGGUCGUAGAGUGGGUGGCCUCUAUCAUCUCCAGUCCCUCCACAUUCCCUCCUCGCGUCCCAGUUUUUGUGGUCUUGCCUCUCCUACUCCUGAUAUCUGGCAUAGACGAUUAGGUCAUAUUUCUGAAUCGCGACUGAAGAGUCUCUCCCUGUCUGGAGCUCUCGGUCGUGGUCCUUUUUCUGCUUUGAGUCCUUGUCUUGGUUGUAAGCUUGCUAAAGCUACAGCACUCCCCUUUUCCCCCAGUGUAUCCCAAACUUCUAGUGUUUUUGAUCUAUUACAUUCAGAUAUUUGGGGCCCUGCACCUCUCCCUUC